AAUCACUUGAACCUGGGAGGCAGAGGUUGCAGUGAGCCAAGAUUGUGCUACUGCAUUCCAGCCUGGGUGACAGAGUGAGACUCUGUCCUCUGUCUCAAACAAACAAAAAAAAUCAAUUGGCUUUUAUUAGUGAUUCAUGAAUCAGGCAUGAUCCCAUCUAUGAAACAGAAAGGUGUUCUAAUGAGCUAAGCAGAAGGGGUUGGCCUUAUAGACAAAAAUGGGCUGAAGAAAUUAGAAAUAAGAAACAAAAAUCAGAUUGGUCAUUUUGAAAUUACUUUCCUUAAAAAGUAUCAGAGGGGACUUCUUUAUCAUGCCAGCUCAGGUAUAUGAGCCCCUUCUGACUGGUUGCUGCCAAUCUCCUAUUUGUUGGGAAACUGGCCCCUUUUAAAGUUGUUUAAUUUCGUGGCACCUAGGACAAGUGCCUCCAUUCUGGUUUUUUCUACUCACUUGAGGCCUGAUGCCAGAGUUCAGUCCUAAACAACGACCUCCUGUAAACUUUAUUCAACACCAUUGAUUCAUUUUUCCUACAUCUAAGUCACCCCAACUGUUAUAAAUUUCUAUUACAAAAGGACCCAUGCUAUGCUAAUUGCAACCUCUGGGGUCUAACCGUGCUGUACACACACACACACACACACUCAAAGAUCUAUGCCAUUUGAUAAGAGACAAUUUGACAUCAAGAGAAGAACUGUCUAGCCUAGGCUCUAUGCCAAGCCUUGGUUGUGCCACUAACUGUGAAACAUAUCCUCUCUGACCUUCAGUUUUCUGGCUGCAGACCUAUUUUCUCAGGGGUGCCAGAGAGGAAGGACAGGCAGCUGAUCCAUUCGUUUAUUUUCCCCACCUUCCAGGCGCACACUUCUCGGGGAAACUCCGCAAGGCUGGGGGCUGGAGGAGGGGUGGGGGGAGCAGUGUGGCCAUCUUUGUGCGGGGCGACCCGCCGCCCACGUGCUGCGGCUCCCGGGCCAUCUUUGUGCGGGGCCGCGCUUCCGCUGGCGCCGCAGCGGGGAAUCUGCAGCAGGUCCGCUGGCGAUGGAGUGGUGGGCAAGCUCGCCGAUUUGGCUCUGGCUGCUGUUCCUCCUGCCCCCAGCGCAGGGCCGCCAGAAGGAGUCAGGUUCAAAAUGGAAAGUAUUUAUUGACCAAAUUAACAGGUCUUUGGAGAAUUAUGAACCAUGUUCAAGUCAAAACUGCAGCUGCUACCAUGGCGUCAUAGAAGAAGAUCUAACUCCUUUCCGAGGAGGUAUCUCCAGGAAGAUGAUGGCAGAGGUGGUCAGACGGAAGCUAGGGACCCACUAUCAGAUCAUUAAGAACAGACUAUACCGGGAAAAUGACUGCAUGUUCCCCUCAAGGUGUAGUGGUGUUGAGCACUUUAUUUUGGAAGUGAUCAGGCGUCUCCCUGACAUGGAGAUGGUGAUCAAUGUACGAGAUUAUCCUCAGGUUCCUAAAUGGAUGGAACCUGCCAUCCCAGUCUUCUCCUUCAGUAAGGUCAGCAGCACAGUGGCCAUGGAAGAAGAAAAACUCUACAGCAUAUUUCCGAGGAUCGAGGAUACCUUAGGAAAGCCUGCUGCUAAGGAUGUCCAUCUUGUGGAUCACUGCAAAUACAAGUAUCUGUUUAAUUUUCGGGGUGUAGCUGCAAGUUUCCGGUUUAAACAUCUCUUCCUGUGUGGUUCACUUGUUUUCCAUGUUGGUGAUGAGUGGCUAGAGUUCUUCUAUCCACAACUGAAGCCAUGGGUUCACUAUAUCCCAGUCAAAACAGAUCUCUCCAAUGUCCAAGAGCUGUUACAAUUUGUAAAGGCAAAUGAUGAUGUAGCUCAAGAGAUUGCUGAAAGGGGAAGCCAGUUUAUUAGGAACCACUUGCAGAUGGAUGACAUCACCUGUUACUGGGAGAACCUCUUGACUGAAUACUCUAAAUUCUUGUCUUACAAUGUAACAAGAAGGAAAGGUUAUGAUCAGAUUAUUCCCAAAAUGUUGAAAACUGAACUAUAGUAGUCAUCAUAGGACCACAGUCCUCUCUGUAGCAACAGACCUCAGAUAUCCUAUGGUGAGAAGCUUACCAUAAGCUGGGCACCCAUAUCUUGAAUACCUGUUACCAAGCCAAAUACCUGAUUUUCCUUAUCAUGCUGCACUCGAAGCAGUUCUUGAGAAAGAUUUAAAAUGUGUCUAAUCCACUGUGUCUAAUCAAUUUUUGGAUGAAUAAGGACCAGAAAUCAUGAGAUGUGGAUUUUGAAUGCAACUCUACCUUUCAUUUUCUUAAGACCAAUCACUGCUUGUGCCUCAGGUCAUCCAUCUGUGUGUGUCCAUCACUGUGAAAUUGACUGUGUCCAUAUGAUGAUGCCCUUUGUCCCAUUAUUUGGAGCAGAAAAUUCAUCAUUUGGAAGUAGUACAACUCAUUGCUGAAAUUGUGAAAUUAUUCUAGGCAUGAUUCUCUGUCGCUUUAUUUUAAUGGAGGAAACCCUAUGGGGUUUAUGAAUAAUACUUGGGGAUCAUUCUCUGAACUGUCUAAGGAAGCGGUAGCCAUGCCACACAAUGAUGUAGGAGUUCUCUUUUGUAAAAGCAUAAACUCUGUUACUCAGGAGGUUUCUAUAAUGCCCCAGAAAGAGGUCAAUUGCAUAAGUAAUUAUUGCAAUUGGAUUUCAGGUUCCCUUUUUGUGCCUUCAUGCCCUACUUCUUAAUGUCUCUCUAAAGAAAAAAAAAAAAGACAAAUGCCUCUUAAUAAAUUUAGGAAGUAUUCCUCAUUCUUUAAUAGAACUAUAUAUAGAGCAGCAGCUCCUCCGCACCCUUUGCACACCUUUAAUAUUUUUCCUUCUUAAGUUGAUCACCGCAGGGGUCAUUGACACUCUGUCUUGCAGGAACCACAAGGAGUCUUCGUAUGUAAACGUGCCAUUCAGUUGGUAGUUUAGAGCAUUCACCUUCAAAUAUAUAGAAGAUAUUUGUUUUAGUACAAAUCCAUAUUGGAGUGACUCCUUUUUCAUUUUUUUAAAAAGACAUUUUGGGUAGUAGUUUAACCUCUCUAACAUGAAGAAAAAUGUUGAGAUUAAAGCUCUGGAGUCUGAUGACUUAGAACUAUCCUUGACUCUUAGGCCCAACCUUUCCACAGAGAAAUCACCUCUCUUCCUUUGUCUCUUAAGAACUAUUUGGUAUUUACUAGUUUCAGAAUUAGUAAAUUUGAGAUUCAGUCACAUAAAAUCAGACAUUCCAUUUGUCAGCAAUGUAUUUGGCUUUUUAAACUUCUUUCCACAAAAUUUUAAGUCUAAUGACCUUUUUAGAGAAGUUGAACAUCCCUGGUAAGAUCAUUUCAUGGAAUAAGAAGAUGUUUAAAGUUGGAUUUUUUUUUUCCGAGUACUAGCAAUGCAAAGGGACCGUGUUCUUAGGUGCUAUAAGUCUAGCAAUAGGCAGUCCAGAUUGCUGAGUUGUACUAUGGUUUUGCCUGAUCACUAUGAGGUCCUACUAGGUGUAAUCAUUCUCUCUGUGUUUUAAUUUCCUCUCAUUAAAAUAGAAACAAAAUCUUCUAUCUUUUAGAUUAGGAGCUGAAGAUUCAUUUCCCUGGGAUGUUCCCCAUUUAGCUUCAAGUUGCAGCUCAAACAUCACCUUCUUUCUGACUCCUUUCAUUCAUUCCUCAAGGCAGUUAGGGGCUACCAUAGUACUUUGCUUAUGUCUGUAUUUUAUGCCAUCACUGUAAUUGCUUGACUGUUUCUCCUACUGUUCUGUGAGCUUAUUAACAUGUGAGAAUCUAGUUUUACUCAUCUUGAUGUCUCCAUGAUCCAGCACAGUGCCUCACAUAGAGUAGAUCCCAAAUAACUGUUGGGUGGGUGGACAGAUGGAGGAAUGGAGACAGUUGGCUUAACUAGAUCCUAUAUACAGAUUGUUACUGGCUUCAAAGGAUGAUUAGAUAAGACUGUAAGAACUGGAUCCAUGUAAAUCCUCACCUGCCCUUUGAAGAACCAAUAAGGGAUCUUUGUCUUUAAAUAUAACAAAUGUUAUUCAGAUUUUGUACUUGUCUGUUUACCUCAGUGUACAUGAUAUGAGGAUGGUGUGUAACUAUGUAAAAUGUUUGUUUUUGAAAAUAAUUUGUUUCCCCACGA